AUGCCGCCCCAGCGAUCGAGAUAUCUACUCGAUGAUGCGAAAUCUGAAGCCUCAAGCACGCGGGAUAGAAUCGGAGGUUUCCCUGUGGUUAGCAAUGCCUCUAGAAACAAACGAAACGGCGGAAAUUCUGGAGUAGGUAGCACGCUGAAGGACGCAACUAGCGUCUCGCAAUUAAAUGCAGAUCAGCUGGAAGCUCAAGAUGAUUCACCAAAGGUCUUGCUGAACUUUGACCCUUUGACAGCUCCCUACUUCAUGCUUACAGACAUGCUCACAAGAUGGAACAAGCGCCCGCCUUCUCCAAUCCAUACAAUCAAAGACUACUUUCGCGCCCAGGCUUUUCACACGCAGCCCCCUAGAAAUGCAACUAAGAAUCCGUAUGACGUGCUCGGGGUCAGUAAAAGUGCCUCUGCGUCCAACAUAAAGAAAGCCUAUUAUGCUUUAGCAAAAAAAUACCAUCCAGAUACGAACAAAGAUGCUACGGCUAAGGAUCGAUUCUCGGACGCCCAAGCGGCCUACGAAAUUCUCUCUGAUCCGAAGAAAAAAGAGACGUGGGAUUCGUAUGGUGCGGCUGCGUUUGAUCAAGGGGCUGGCUUCGAUUCGUCUAGCGCUGGUGGACAAGGUGCUGGCAAUCCUUUUGGAAACCAAGGACCAUUUGGUGGCUUCCAGGGGGGCGGUUUUGGAGGAGCUUACAGUACGGACAUCAAUUUUGAAGAUUUGUUUGGAGCGUUUGCAGGAGGGGGCAGGAGAGGUCGGGCGUCCCGACAGUCUCCAUUUCAGCAGGAGGAGAUCUUGGUGGGGCAAAACAUUGAGGUUCAGACCAACAUCUCAUUCAUGGAUGCUGCAAGAGGCACCAACAAGGACAUCUACAUUACCCCGCAGUCUAAAUGUAAAGUCUGCAGUGGAAUAGGAUUGAAGAGGGGCCAGCAACGAACGGAAUGCAAACGGUGCGGAGGCUCUGGAACACGAGUUCAUGUCAUGCAAGCAGGAUUUCAGAUGGCUAGCACUUGCGAUACAUGUAGUGGGACUGGAAUUGUAAUACCUAGGGGUGCUGAGUGCAGCAAUUGCACCGGGCAAGGUGUCGUGCGCGAGCGCAAGACAAUAAACAUCGAUAUACCUGGCGGUGUUGCGGACGGACAGCGCAUGAGGUUCAACGGUGAGGGGGACGCUCCAGCCACCGGGACCACGAUGAAUCCAAACCCACAAACUGCGAACGGGGAUCUCUAUGUCUUUGUUCGAGUGGCUGCAGACUCCAAAUUUAGUCGUUCCGGAUCCGAUGUUCUAUAUACGGCUACGAUUCCUCUGACAACAGCAAGUCUUGGUGGUGAAAUCCGAGUACCGACCCUCGACGGUGAGGUCAAGCUCAAGAUUGCUACAGGUACCGCGACUGGAGAUAAAGUGACUCUCUCUGGCAUGGGAAUGCCAAAGAUCGGUGGUCGGCGGAGUGCUGCGGGAGACCAGAGGGUAGAGUUCAAAGUGGCGAUGCCAAAAUAUCUGAGUUCCAACCAGCGAGCUAUCUUGGAAAUGCUAGCAGACGAGAUGAGUGACGGUAACGCAAAGCGUAUCAUGAAUGUUGGUAACACGAGUGCCACCGCUGGAAAAGACUCCCCUCCUUCGGAAAGCACUGAUGCUCACAAGAAUGAAGGCUUUUUGAAGGCUGCGUGGCACAGGCUCACACAUCAACAUGACAAUUCUUCCUCGAAUGGCGAGACCUCCCAGCCGCCGAACGAGUUGAAACCACCGGAGGAGGAACAGCAGCAGCCGAAGAAAGCUGGCGGGACAGCGUAA